UUUCCCGCCAUUCUCUGCGAUCUACGGGAACCACGUGAAUUCCAAAAUGGCGGACAAUGAUGAACAAGAACCUACUCCAGCGCAAGAUAUUGUUGUUACUAAAUAUAAAAUGACCGGAGAUAUGGUCAAUGUUAUUUUAAAAGACGUUGUAUCAAAAUGUGUAGAGGGAGCUUCAGUCAGUAGUAUUUGUGAAUUUGGAGACACCAGACUAACUGAAGAAACGGGGAAAGUUUUCAGAAAAGAUAAAGAAAAGAAAAAAGGUAUAGCCUUCCCAACCUGUGUAUCUGUGAACAAUUGUAUAUGUCACUUUUCACCACUAAAAAGUGAAGCAGACAUAUUAUUAAAGGAAGGGGAUGUUGUGAAAGUGGAUUUAGGUGCACAGAUAGAUGGAUUUAUUGCUGUAGCCGCUCAUACAGUUGUUGUUGGAGCUUCAGCAGAUAAAAAGGUGACGGGUAAAAAGGCUGAUGCAAUAUUAGCAGCACAUUUCGCUUCAGAGGUAGCACUCCGACUAGUAAAACCUGGUAAUGAGAAUUAUCUUGUGACAGAAAGUAUACAGAAAGUAGCAGAGGCAUUCGAUUGUAAACCAGUAGAGGGCAUGUUAUCCCACCAAUUAAAAAGAAAUGUGAUAGAUGGUGAGAAGGCUGUAAUACAGAACCCAACAGAGGCACAAAAAAAAGAACAUGAUAAAUGUGAAUUUGAUGUACAUGAAGUUUAUGCUGUAGAUGUACUGGUCAGUUCAGGAGAAGGCAAGGGAAAAGAACUUGACACCAGAACUACAGUGUAUAAGAAAAAGGAUAUUGUCUAUCAACUCAAAAUGAAAGCUUCCAGGCAAUUUUUAAGUGAUGUAGAUAAAAGAUUUGGAUUAUUGCCCUUUUCUUUAAGGUUAUGUGAGGAUGAAAAGAAAGCAAAGAUGGGUGUAGUUGAAUGUGUUAAACAUGACUUAAUGGUACCUUUCUCUGUCCUUUAUGAAAAAGAGAGUGAGUUCGUAGCUCAAUUUAAAUUCACAGUACUGCUGAUGCCCAAUGGUCCACUGAAGAUCACAGGACUGCCAUUUGAAGCAGAAUUAUACGAAUCAGAAAAAUCUGUAGAGGAUCCAGAAUUAAAAGCGAUACUGGCUGUUUCCGCUUCACGAAAAGCUGCCAAAAAGAAGAAGAAGAAGGCAGGAAAAUCUGUUGAUGCUGAAAUUGGGGGAGAAGGCAACGAGGACUGAAAAUGUUAAUUAAGGUCAUAGUGACCUACUUUAAAAGUGCUACUAGUCGUAGACUGGGAUCCGUGUAAAUUGAUUAUGAAAAAUUCUGGAAUGCAAGUGACAAUAUUAAAUAAUGAAAUCAUUUUUACUGUUGAUUAAAGGUAGCAUUUAAAUAGUUACAGAUGUCAUCAUGAUAAACAAAGAAAGGAGCUAUUUAUUUUAUAUAUUUAUUAGAUUUGUUAUACAUACUAGAAAUAAGUAUUUAUACUAAUAUACAUUUGUAGUAGUAACAACUUACGUUGUAUAACUGAAGUACAAGUUUUACAAAAUUAUGAAACAAUUUGGUUUACUUUAUAGCAAAAUUGGAAUUGUAUUUUAUUUUGAACAAUUCUCAACCCUUCACUGUAGUUCUCAUAUGAAAAAUACAAUAUUAUUGAGAGAGUGAGAAAUACAAGAAAGCAUAAGAAUCCUUAAAUCAGAAAUAGAAUUGAAAGCAUUUAUAAUUUGUACUGUUAAUGUGAUUGUCAGAAUCUCAGUACUGUCUCCUCCAGAAUAAAUUUGUUUUGGCCCAGUUA